GUUGUCAUAGUGUCAACAAAGGAUCUCUUUCUGAAUAGUUAGUAUGGGGGAUGUUGCAGUUUGUAAUAAUUCAUCCGAACAGCCGGAGAGAGUAUACGGUGACUCUUCAACGAUUGGGUUCAGAUCAUUAAAGCACACACCACAGGAAUGGACUUCAUAUCAAAAAGAGAAGUAUUUUCAGGCUGCCAGUGAUUGCAAACAAACAGAAUGUGUGAAUGACUACACAAAAUCAGUUAUCAAUAAAACUGAUGCUAUAACGAGAAAGCUCCAGGCCAACUCAACGAAACGACUGAAAGAAAGACUCCAUGAUAUUAUUUUCUGGAAGCAAGAGUUGGAAAGAGAGAUAAGUGAUAUCACUCAAGAGACCGCUCUUCUGAUCAAAGAAAGAGAUAGGUUGCAGAACUUUCUCUUGGAAACAGAUCUUCCGUUGCAAAUAGCGACUGACAACUUGAAUACAAGAGAAUACAGGAGAGGAAUUGAUAAGGUUGCUGACUCCGUAGAAUCAGAGUUAUGUAAUGAGGUGGAACUCAUUCGAAACGUUCAGAAGUUGCUUAAAAAUGCUAUUGAACAAGCAGAUAAGCAGAUUUGUCUGAAUCGUUCAGCUAAAGAAGCAUUAGAAAUGAAUUGGAGUGAUAAGAAGGAAGCUGAAGAAAUUGAUACUAAAGCAGGAAAUGUAAACAAUUAUUCCCCGAAUAAACAGUUUUACGCUGGAGUGGCACUAUAUCAAGAAAAUAUGUCGACUGUUGAAAGUUGGGCAAAGGAUGCAAAUGAAGUGAUUACCCGUGCAGAAGCAGAACGUCUUGCUAGCAGUGAUUUGCGUUCGCUGAUAAACGGUUUGAUUGUCGAUACAUCACGUGACAUGAGACAACAGUUUGACCGUGUUAAUGCUGCUUUCCAGGAUAAUUUGAAUCAACUUAUGACAGCUAAAGCAACUUUGGAAGAUAAUUUGAAAAAUGUAUUGCAAAAAAUAUCAAUGUUAGAGCACAAUUUAAAUGAAUUAAAGGAGGCUAUUCGAGCUAAAGAUGAUCCUUUAAUGAGUGCACAAACAAGAUUGCAUUUACGUACAUUUAGACCUAAUAUGGAAUUGUGCAAGGAUCCAGCAUCCGUAAGCUUGGUUGAAGAAGUUAAUGUAUUAGGCCAGUCUUUGGAUGAAUUACUACAUCAGUACUCUACAGUGGAGAAUAAACUUAAAGAUUUACAUGAUACGCAAAUGACACUUGAAAAGGAGAUUGAAUUAAAAACAGAAACUAUUCAUUUGAAUCAAGUUGGUUGUAUGCCUAGAAGAGCAUAUUAUCCAUCAGCUGCGCGGCUUCAAGGAUAUUAAUUCCAAAAAAUAGUUUCAAAACGAAAACAAUGAAGAUUUAGAAUUAUAUGUUUAAUUUAAAAUUAUCAUUCAUCGAUAGAUAGUUCGUUUAGCAUAAUGGAAGAAGAGCUUAUUGAAUACGAUUUUUCAGCUGUGACACAUCCAGGUAUUGUUAAGUCAUUUAAUUAAAUACUCAUCAUACUCUGAUAGUUAUUAAACUACCUGCUCAUGUGUUGUUUCUGAGUUGCUUUUGACUUUUAUCAAGAUCUUUAAGAUGUAAAAAUGGAAUAUCAAGA